GUAUCGGCCGAAUCAUCUGAGGACCAUAAACCGAGCUUGCCAUUCAGAUUCGAUACUGGCGUUGCACUUUUUGCCAAACGAACCCCGCGACCGUUCCCCCCUCCCUUUCUCUCCCCGCCCUCGGCCUCCUUUUCGGAUGCUCUCAGCACCCACCACCGAAGCCGCGACCGGGUAAAUAUCAAUGGCGAAUUAUUACGAGGCCAGACCAACGGCGACGAUGCCGUCUUUGCGAGCGACUACUUCCUAUGUGCGAAUGAUGGUGUUGGGGCUUGGGCAACGAGACCUCGAGGUCAUGCAGGGCUAUGGUCACGCCUCAUACUCCAUUUCUGGGCCUCUGAGAUUGACCAGGAUUUGAUGCAACCCGAUGCGGAGCCCAACCCGGUUGCGACUCUCCAGACAGCGUAUGAGCGGACCCUGGAGGCUACCAAACUCCACAACUGGCAAGGAACAACAACCGUCUGUGGUGCCCAGCUUCAUUACACGGUUCGAGACACUACGUCGAGGCACCGGGAGACGAUACCAUUGCUCUACGUCACGAACCUCGGCGAUUGCCAAGUUAUGGUCCUUCGUCCGCGAGAGCAGGAGAUUCUCUAUAAGACGAAAGAGCAAUGGCAUUGGUUUGACUGCCCUCGCCAGCUGGGCACCAACAGCCCCGACACCCCCGAGACGAAUGCUGUUGUAGACACCGUCGACAUUGAAGUUGGCGACGUGGUUCUCGCGAUGACUGAUGGUGUCAUUGAUAACCUGUGGGAACAUGAGAUUGUUGACAUAAUAUUCAGUUCUCUCCGUCAAUUGGAGCCCGAAAACUCCGAGAGAGGCCCCGAAACUCAACCAGGCGAAGGUGCUCGUGAUAUAAUGAAGACCGCAGCUCAGAACCUGGUUGCGGCUGCCAAGCGGGUUGCGAUGGACCCAUAUGCUGAGAGUCCCUUUAUGGAACAUGCAAUCGAGGAAGGACUCGCGAGCGUAGGAGGGAAACUCGACGACAUUAGUGUAGUUGCCGCACUAUGUGUGAAGAAUGAGUAG